AUGUGUUUAUUGCCCAGUAGCACCAAACCAACGAUUCAGUGUGUCUCCCUGAAUGGCGUUCUUUUCCGUCGCAAUUUGUCGACUCCUCACGGACCUGAAAGUGAAAGUAACCAAGACCAGGGGCAGAGUGGCAUUGGAUCAGCAGUUCCAUCGUCUGCUGGCUCAAGUGGCUCAUUGAAAGUCCCAGUCAAUUCACCUAAUGAAUCAAGAUUUCCGUGUAACUCCAAUCCAUAUAACCCAGAAGUUGUGGACUCGUUACUCCUAGAAGUGAAAAAUGACAUGCCAUUACCUGACAUGCCCGAUCCAUUCGCAAAGGAUUACAAAAAAUGUUUUUUGUGUAGGCAGGAUAUUCAGCUUGAUCACAAAAAUGUGCGAUUGCUUAGUCAGUUUGUGUCCCCAUAUACUGGUCGUAUUUAUGGCAGAGCCAUAACUGGCCUGUGUAUUCCUAUGCAAAAGCAAGUGGCAAAGUACAUCAAGCGUGCAAGGAUGUCAGGGUUUAUGCCUUUUAUUUUCAAAGACCCAAGAUAUUUGAAAGAUCCUCAGCCAUAUGACCCGAUGAUGAAGAAGUGA